AUGACCGUCACAGGGACGGUAGAGCUCGAAUCCGGCUUUACGUGCGACGCACACAUCACGGUCGAUGCUAGCCAGGAUGUCACCAUCAGCGGCGCCUACACGAUCACUCUGGGCGCACUCUUCGCCGGCAGCACGGCCACGGACGCGGGGGGCAGCCUGUUCGUGAAUGAGGGCACGCUGGAGCUCGACGGCAUCACGUUCGCCACGGAAGCAACGGAUGGGAACCGCGCUGUCUGGAACGGCGGAACGCUCUCGGUGGUAGGCUGCACCUUCGAACUCUUCCCGAGCGGAGGAGGAGAGUUUCUGGCCAGGGGCGGCGUGAUCUACUCCGAUUCCGACGGAGAAAUUGCCAUCUCAGCCUCCACCUUCAAAUCAAACAUCGCGAGCGAGAGGGGCGGUGCAGUGUACGCCAUCGGCUCCGAAACCCUCACUAUCACGGACUCCCUUUUCACGGUUAACGAAGUUGGGACGGGCGUUGAAGAGGGCGGUGCAGGAGGCGACGUUUACGCAGGCAUCAAUGUUGAGCUCACGGUCACUGGAACUACGUUCUCGACGUCUGCGGCCGAGUACGGUGGAGCUGCCAUCGAGUGCUGCGGCGCGGUGAUCUCCAACUGCACCUUCACGGGGGCGGACGCUGCCAGCGACGGCGCGCACUACGGCGGGGCGCUGCUGGUCAAUCGCCCUGACCAAGACGCGUGCUCGAGGGAGCUUGACCUCUCAGACACGAUUUUCAGCGGAUGCAGCGUAGUUAGCACUACUGGAGCGGGCGGUUCUGUGGCUAUCUUCGACACUUCGGCAACAAUUACCGACUGCACUUUCGAGAGCAGCGUUGGCACAGCGGUGCUGUUCUCGUCUUCCAGCGAUUCCGGAGAACACCAGCUUCUCAUGGACUACGUUCAGUUCAACCUCAACACCCUCCCCGCUGAGGCCUACGCCACCGACACUGAGCAGGGAGCUGCGAUCGUGGUGACGAACACGGGCGUGGAGGAAGGAAACACGACGGUCGUCAUGGGCGAGUUCAACGACAUGUACUGCUUCGGCAACGACCCUUACGAGUGCGAAUUUGUGUACGAUCAAUCGGAUAUCGUCCACAGCGGGGAGUUCAAUUGCCAACUCUGCGUUAUCGACGGGGUUCGACAAGAAGUCAGUGGCACCGACGACGACUCGGUCGAAGGCAUCGGCCAGACUUCGAGCUCCACCUCCGUGCAAGAAGGCAGUGGCACCGAUGACGACUUGAACACCGGAAAAAUCGACCAGAGUUCGAGCUCCGGCUCGUGGGAAUCGAAGGACUACGUUAUCAUUGGCCUGUCGGCAGCUGUGGCUUGUGCAUCAUCCUGGCAACCGGUGUUCUUGUAG